CCUCAACAUGAAGCUAGCCGUGUUUGCUGCCCUCGCCGCCCUGGCCGCCGCAGCCCCCGACUACUCCGCCCCGAGGCCCGAACGCUACCACAGCGAGGAGGUGCCGAUCAUUAGACACGACUUUGUCCUCGAGGAGGACGGGAGAUACAACCUGGACGUGGAGACCGGCAACGGCAUCUACCUGGCCCAGUCUGGCGCUCCGGACAGCCCGACAGGAGCCGUCAUCAAGGCUGGGCAGUACUCAUACACCGCCCCUGACGGCACUCCGGUUCACGUUAAGUUCGUCGCCAACGAAAACGGCUACCAGCCCGAGUCUUCCCUGCUGCCCGUGGCCCCCGAGUUCCCCCACCCCAUCCCGCAGUUCGUGCUGGACCAGAUCGCCUUCGCCGCCCAGGAGGACGCCGGGCGAUCCAAGGCUCCAUCAAGAGGCUACCAGUAAAUCUGCUCCACCAGUGUUCCUUAAGUUCUUUCCAGGUUUAA